UGAAAAUGACUAAAAAAUUAAAACAACCAUUAAUCUUGAUUUCAUCGGAUGAAGAAGAUAUCAAUGGAUCUCAUCUUAUUGAAGAAAUUGAAUAUGAUAAUGUUGCUGAAACUCAUUACAUAUCUAGUGAUGAUGAUACCAGUAAUUUGACAAAUAUGGGUAAUGGUUUGGUUGAGACUUCUAAAAAUUGUAUAGGAAGUACAAGCAAGAAUGGACCAUGGAAAAGAAUCAAUACAGGAACUGUUCAAAAUAAUAUUAAUCGAGUUCAUAAUAAUUCAACGACAAAUCCAUCACCUGUUGCAAUGCCAGCAAGGAAACGAGUACAACCACAAAACAAAAAAAGAAAACGUAUAAAAACUCUAGAUCGUGAUAACAGUGAUUCUGAUCCUGAAGUUGAUGAUGAUUACAAAGAUGAAAAGAAUUUUGUAAAAGACAGUAGUACAGAAAUGCGACAAAAAGCUUUAGAAUUGUUAAACACUGCCACUGAAGCAGAACUUAGAAUAGUAAAAGGAAUGACUUCAAAAAAAUUUGAGGGUCUCAAAGCCUUACGACCAUUUUCCACUUGGUAUGAUGCGACAUGUAAGUUAAAAAACUCUCGAUUGUUGGGUGAGCAAACUUUACAAAACGUUAUGCACAUGAUUUCCUGCCAAGAAAUUGUUACACAACUAAUGAAGAAAUGUGAAAAAUUAGCAUUAAAAAAUGGAAAUUCCAUUACAACUACUAACAUGCUUAUUAAAUCACAGCCAACCAGUUUAAAUAAAGACUUACAGCUUGCUGGAUACCAGAUGAUAGGACUUAACUGGCUCAUGUUGAUGAAUUCUCAAAAGCUCAACAUGAUGUUAGCAGAUGAAAUGGGUUUGGGUAAAACUAUUCAAGUAAUUGCAUUCUUAGCAUACCUCAAAGAGUCUGGCCGGACUCAUCCUGAAGUACCUCAAUUAAUUGUAGUACCUGCCUCGACUUUAGAAAAUUGGUAUCAAGAGUUUGAAAAAUGGUGUCCAACAAUGAAGGUUGAAAAAUAUCAUGGACCAAUGGAUGAAAGGAGAUACUUGCGAACUCAGUGGAUAAAAAAAGGAUUUGGUGAUAUUGAUGUUAUAUUAACAACUUAUAGUUGUGCUUCAAAUUCGUUUGAAGAGAAAAAAUUCUUUAAAACCAAAGAAUUUCAUUAUAUUGUAUAUGAUGAAGCACAUAAGUUAAAGAAUAUGACAUCACUGUCUUUUGAAACUUUCUCUAAUUUUAAUGGAAACUAUAAAAUAUUAUUAACUGGUACUCCACUUCAAAAUAAUUUAUUAGAGUUAAUGUCUCUGUUAAUAUUUCUUAUGCCAACAAUGUUCCGUGGCAAAGUAGAUAACAUUAAAUUUUUGUUUUCUAAAGGAACAAAAAAUACUGGUUCAAAGUAUGAAUUGCAUCGUAUUGAACAAGCAAAACAAAUUAUUGAGCCUUUUAUGUUGAGGCGUUUGAAAUCAGAUGUAUUGAAAUCCCUACCUGUGAAAACGGUUAUAAUCAGAAAUGUUGCUAUGACUGAACACCAACAUACUCGUUACAUCACAUUAACAAAUGAAAUUAAAGCAGAAUCAGAAAAAUCAGAAUCGACUGAGAACAGUCAUAUGAUGUGGGUUAUGAUGUUAAGAAAACUAACUAAUCAUCCUCUUUUAUUAAGAUAUCAUUUUGAGGAUGAAAAAUUGUACAAAAUGGCUUCAUUAUUAGCAGUAGAACCAUCAUACAAACAAACAAAUGAAAAGUUCAUUGCAGAGGAUUUAGCAUUUUUAUCAGACUUUGAUUUGCAUAAAUUGUGUACUGACUAUGAGUGUCUUAAUAAGUUGGGUUAUGAUCUUCCAAUCCAAUUGUUUUUGGAUUCUGGCAAAUUUAAAUUAUUAAGUGAAAUCUUGCCCGAUCUCAAAGAUAAAGGUCACCGUGUGCUCAUAUUUAGUCAGUUCCUAUCGGUAUUAGAUCUUUUAGAAAUAUACAUGUCGGAAUGUGGCCAUUCUUAUCUAAGACUGGACGGUUCCACCCAAGUCCAAGAAAGACAGUUAAUGAUUGAUUUGUAUAACAUGGAUGAGAGUAUAUUUGCCUUUUUAUUGUCUACCAAAGCUGGUGGAUUAGGCAUCAAUUUAACAGCUGCUGAUACAGUCAUUUUACAUGACAUUGACUACAAUCCGUAUAAUGAUAAACAAGCGGAAGAUCGAUGCCAUAGAGUUGGACAGACCAAGCCUGUAAGUGUAAUUAAAUUCAUAAGUAAAGAUUCCAUUGAACAAUCUAUGUUCAGGGUGGCACAAGAAAAAUUAAACCUUGAACAACAAGUGACAGGUGGUGGAAAUGAUGAUGAAGAAGCUGAUAAAAAAACCAUGGCUCAAUUACUUAAACAAUCAUUAGGUAUUGAUGACGUUUUAUCGUAAUUAGUGAUAUUCCUAAUUUUUUAACUAUUAAUUUCUGAUUUAAAAAAAAAAUUAAUAUUCAUGUGUUCCUUAUCCAAUUUUCGGAAAAAUUAUUAUAAUUUUUCGAUGAUAUUUGGGUUAAAGAAUUGCAAAUCAAUAAAAAUUUCUAUUUUUUCUACUUAUAUUGGAGAGUCAGUAAAUAAGUGUAAGAUAUCACUGAUAUUCUGAUUUGAACAAGAGGAAAUAUAUCCAUUGGUAAUUUGGUAUUUCUGUUAUUUAUAUGAAUGUAUAUUGUAAUAUAUUGAUAUAGAUAAU